AUGAAGGAAAACCGACUGAAUUCUGGUCAGAAGGUAAAAAGUGGUGGUCUCCUGAGAGUGACUAUCUAUUUUUGCAACUUCUCUUUUUGCUUCCAGCACAGAGUGGAUUUUCUUCAGCUGAUGAUGAACUCUCAAAAUAAUUCCAAAGACAAAGAGUCUCAUAAAGCUCUGUCUGAUGUAGAGAUCAUGGCCCAGUCAAUUAUCUUUAUUUUUGGUGGCUAUGAAACCACCAGCAGCACCCUUGCAUUUGCCUUGCAUUCACUGGCUACUCACCCUGAUAUCCAGAAGAAACUGCAGGAGGAGAUCGAUGUGGCUCUGCCCAAUAAGGCACCUCCCAGCUAUGAUAAAGUAAUGGAAAUGGAGUACCUUGACAUGGUGUUGAGUGAAACCCUCAGAUUAUUCUCAAUUGCUAACAGACUUGAGAGAGUCUGUAAACAAGAUGUGGAAAUAAAUGGUGUGUUUAUUCCCAAAGGGGCCGUAGUGAUGAUACCAAUUUUUUCUCUUCACCGUGACCCACAGUACUGGCCAGAGCCUGAAGAAUUCCGACCUGAAAGGUUCAGCAAAGAGAAUAAAGGCAGCAUCGAUCCUUAUGUAUACAUGCCCUUUGGGAAUGGACCCAGGAACUGCAUUGGUAUGAGGUUUGCUCUCAUGAACAUAAAACUUGCUCUCACUAAACUCCUGCAGAAUUUCUCCUUCCAGCCUUGUAAGGAAACACAGGUGAGGAAAAAAACUAUCUCUGUAAAUAAUGUUUUAUGGGAGACAGUUUUCAGCUGAAAGUUCUGUA